AUGGAGGAGGAUGUCGGAGACUGGCUGGUUGACGCAUCGUCGGACACGGACCAAGGUCCCAUGGAGGCGCAAGGCGAAGAUGCGCUGUCCGUGUGGUGGUGUCUCGACAAAAGCAAGUCGCCUCCUUGUCGAACGCGGACCAAGGUCCCGACCAGAAUGCAACCCCUGCAGCACACAGAGGAAAUCGACACUCCACGUGCGGCUUUGGCGGGUCAUUGA